GCAAUUACAUAAUGCCACGUAUCAUCCAAGAUCAGAUACUGGAUCCCAGACCUUUCCCAGGAAAAAAAGGAAUCUAUUAGAUGUUGGAAGCUGUUUGUCCUUCUGCUUUAUUUCCAUCACUAAAAUUCUCGAAUCUAAAGAAGAGCUCUCUUUUCUCUUUUACCUAACAAAUUCAACAACAACAAGAAGGCAGGCCCCAAAGUCCUCUUUCAACAGUCCACACAGUUCAAAGUCGAAAAUUGCUUUCCAGGUGCAGAGUCAAUUAACAUUGGAGAUUACGUAGAGUGCGUGAAGAGCCCCUUUUUCUCCUUCUUUAUAUCUAUGUCCCUCUGCUCUAGAUAAUCUUCCUUCACUGAGGUUAUCCCUGAAAAGUUUCUUAUCGACUAAGGUGUUAUGGGAGUUUUAGGUUUGGCUUGUCCAUGACCCAGAGACUUUUCCAAUUUCUUCCCCUCGACGUGAUCAAUGAUUGUAGUUUAGAAGGCAAUGGUUGCCCAACCUGAAGCAAAUGGAAACCAACAGUGGCAAUCGCUGUUCCCAUGAAAAUCAGCCUCCAACGAGUUCAAACAAUGCUAACAAAGAUCAAUCCACUGAGAACGAGGUUUUUGUUAACCGUGCUGAAAUAAGUUGGCAUGAGAUUAGAAGACAGUGGGUCGGGGAUCGGUCUCAAAAAUCAAAAAGAAUGCCCCGGGAACCAAUAAUGAGCUGGACCACAACUUAUGAGGAUUUGCUUUGUUCUACCGAACCUUUUCAACAGUCAAUCCCAUUAGCUGAGAUGGUGGAUUUUUUAGUUGACAUCUGGCAUGAGGAAGGCCUAUAUGACUAGAAAAUUGGGAAAUUUGUUAUGGUAGUUGCGCAGUUUUUUGGUGCAGAUGACCAAGAUGAAGCAAAACUCAUAGGUUCUACAGAUUUCCCCUGUUGAAACUGAUUGAAUGGUACUAAUAUAUUGGAUUCUCUUGUUCUUGAUUAGAUGAACAAGAGACAUUAAAUCAAUCUGGUGUACAGUUCAACAGCACUUGUGGGAUUUUAGUUAAUGUAAUUGACUAAUCCUUUUUAAGUAAAGAUCUAUUCUUUUGGUUUGACAAAAUUUUUUGCUUUUAUGCUGACUUAUUCUGAUGUUAGUGAGUUCGAUGAUCAAAUGUGUUGCCAUCUUGAUAAAGAAAAUGGCCAAGAAAAUUUGGCCAAGGGCGAGGAGAAAUGACGCUGGAUUCUACAUGGCUUUGAAUGGUGAGUGAAAUUUGGAUAGUACUGUUUGUAGUGUCAUCAACUCAUCAUGUAUGUUAAGUCAGAGGAACGCUAAGAUUGGUAAUCAACAAUCAACCCUUGAGCCACUUCUUAGCUGAUGGUGAAUUUCCUCCUCAAACAGAGCAAUCCCAUUUGCCAACCUACCAAAAGCAAAAUUCUUUUCCAAGUUCAUUGAAAGUGGGAUUCUGACAAUAGAUGUUCAUCUUUCAUAAAGAUGCAAAAUAGAUUUUUACUUAAUUGACGAUUUUGCUAUUUGCAUUUGGUUUCUUCAAAUGUCGUUUCAAAAGCAAAAGCAAGUGCUUAACAACAGAAUGUUCUUAAUUAAUUAUAAAUGAUCAAAAUGAUUAAAUAGAACAUGAACUUAACACAAGCAUCAGCUAACAACAACAGCUGACUAAGACCAGGAGAAUGGGCCAGAACAUGGUCCCUGAACUAAGUUACUGAAUCUUAUAUUUUGCUACUCGUGAACCAUCAAAAACAAUAAUGCCAAUAAAGCUGCAAGAAUGUGAAGAAAUAAAAAUGAACCAAGGCACAACCAAAAACAACCGGGCUCUUUUUAUUUUCCCGGUACAUGAACUUUGCCUCCAAGUUCACGCCACAAAGAAAGAAGCAUUGCAAGUUUACUCUUUCUUUAGAGGUUGAAAUCCAAAACAAUCCGUUACUCAUCAACCGCCUUGGUGCCUUUAUGGGUCAUCAACCCUUGGGGCAUUAAAGAAAGUCCCAAUUUUGAUUGAUGAUCAAGAUUUUUUGCCCGUCAUAAAAUUUGAGAAUUUGAUAGUUGUAGUAUUUCGGAACAAUGAAAAAGCUGGCCUUUGAAAUCUCACCUAUAUUACCCUUGUUAGAAUCAUGUAAAUCCAUAAAGCAGGCUUUUCAAGUUCAUGCUCAAAUAAUCCUCAAUGGCUAUCACCACCAGUUCUUCCCCAUCAGCAGACUCAUCUCCUUCUUUGCCUUGCUGGGCUCCAGAGCUGGUAUUGAUUACUCCCAAAUUCUCUUCUGCCAAAUUGAACAUCCGAAUCAGUUUAUGUAUAACACCAUGAUAAGAGGCUUUUCCCACAGUGAAUUCCCUGAAAAAGCACUUAUCUUUUACUCAUCCAUGCUCCACCAAGAAAACCGACCUCCCAAUAACUUCACUUUCCCAUUUUUACUCAAUUCUUGUGCAAGAUUAUCAACCCUGAAACCAGGAAUUCAAGUUCACAGUCAUAUAAUUAAAUUUGGUUUUGACUUGGAUCUUUUUGUCCGGAAUGCUUUGAUGCAUUUCUAUUCAGUUUUUAAACAUUUAAACGAUGCCCAGAUUGUAUUUGAAGGAAGUCUUGUUAGAGACCUUGUUUCUUAUAAUACUAUGAUAAAUGGGAGUGCUUUAGUGGGCCAACCUGACCCUGCUCUGCGUCUCGUUAAAGAAAUGCAGGAUUUCGGUAUUCAGCCUGAUGAGUUCACUUUUGUUGCUUUGUUGUCUGCUUUUUCAUCACUGAAUGAUUCUAGGAUCGGGAAACAGAUUCAUGGUUUUGUUUACAGGAAUCUAUGUCGUAUUGACUCAAAUGUAGUGCUUAAGACUGCUAUUCUUGACAUGUAUACAAAAUGUGGGUUGAUGGAUUUGGCUGAGAGGGUGUUUAGCUCAAUGGCAAGCAAAAGUACUGCGGCUUGGAGUUCCAUGGUAUCGGGUUAUGCUCGAUGUGGAGAAACUGAGGCUGCUAGAAGAAUGUUUGAUCAGAUGGACCAACGAGAUCUGGUUUGUUGGACGGUUAUGAUAAAUGGUUAUUCUCAGUCAGGGCAGUACAGUGAGGCGUUGGAACUUUUUCUGCAAAUGGAAGGUUUGGGAAUAAGACCUGAUGAAGUUACAUUGGCUGCUGUUCUUUCAGCCUGUGCCAGACUUGGAGCUCUCAGUUUGGGUGAGAGACUUCACCAUAGGUACAUUGAGGGUGAUUUAUGCAAUCAAAAUAUUAUUCUAUCAAACGCAUUGAUAGAUAUGUAUUCGAAAUGCGGAAAAAUAGAUUCUGCUCUAGAUAUGUUUCACAGAAUUCCUAAAGAUUUAAGGACUCUUUCAAAUUUCAAUUCCAUGAUCUCUGGUCUAGCUCAGCAUGGGCUUGGUGAGACUGCUUUAGCUGUUUUUAGGGAAAUGGAACCGAUAGGGCUGAGACCAGAUAGAGUCACCUUUGUGGCAGUUUUUUCUGCUUGCAGCCACAGUGGGCUACUUGAAGAGGGCAAGGAGUUAUUUAGAUUAAUGUCGGAUCUCUAUGGUAUUAAACCACGUAUGGAACAUUAUGGUUGCAUGGUUGACCUCCUUAGCAGAGAUGGUUGUUUGGAAGAAGCUUAUGAUAUAAUUCUAGGUAUGCCAUUUGAGGCCAACUCAGUAAUAUGGAGAGCAUUGUUGGGUGCUUGCAAACGCCAUGGAAAUGUUAAGAUUGGUGAAGUUGCUAGCCAAAAACUUAUUGAACUGGAGCCUGAUCAUGGAGCUCGUUAUGUUUUGUUGUCCAACAUGCUUGCCAAUUCAAACCAAUGGGAAGAAGCUGGGAGAGUGAGGAAGGUGAUGGAAGAUAGAGGCAUCCAGAAGCCCCCUGGGUGGAGCUACAUCGAGUUGGAGGGAACUCUUCAUCACUUUUUUGCUAGUGAUAAGUCUCACUUGCACGACAAAGAGAUUCAAUCCAUGCUCCAGGAUAUGGCAAUGCGUCUUAAAUCUGCCGGGUAUGUCCCUGACACAGGGCAAGUAGUGUUUGAUGUAGAUGAAGAAGAGAAGGAAACUGUUGUCUCUUAUCACAGUGAGAAAUUGGCAUUGGCAUUUGGGUUAGUCAACGCCAGCCCUGGAGAAACUAUAAGAAUAAUGAAGAAUCUUCGAGUUUGUGGAGACUGUCACUCAGCGUUUAAGCUUUUAUCUGAAAUGUACAGACGAGAAAUCAUAGUUAGGGAUGCCACCAGGUUCCACCAUUUUAAGAAUGGAUCUUGCUCUUGUAAGGAUUUUUGGUGAUGAGAGGUUGCAGAAUGUGGUUUCUUACAGGUUCUAUUUUGGUAAGGAUGGUCAAAACCUCAUUUUGUUGUUGAGACCUGUAUGAGGUGAAAUAAGUGUUGUAAACUCUUAUAAGGUGGAGGGGUCUCAUAUGAGGUAAUCUGAGUGGUUGAGGUGGCAUGCUCCUCCACUGGUUAUUCGAAGCUGAAUUGUGAUACAGCUCUCUGUGCUUUGCUUUCAACAAGGGAAUGGUAGUUUUGGCACCAAGUUUUGGUCAGAGAGUUGAGAUUUUAGUCUGAAUUGCUGUUGUGGCAUACUUUGCGGCUUGCAACUGUGCCUAGGAUUGGGAUGCAACCUAUCUUGUUGGAGAGUGAUGGUGCGGUUGUGAUUCAUGAAUUGAAAUCUGUCUUCUGUGAUCAUCCAACUAUGGCUAUCUUUAGCAUGAGAUUGGACAGCCAUUUUCAGGUUACCUUUGCUGCACGUUCAGCCAUGUCCGGACGUUAUGCAACUCAUUGCUCAUUGCCUUGCCUAGUAUAUUCUUUCCAACUAGAGUUUCAAAGAAUGGAUGGACAGCUGUCCUGAUUUAUUUCCAAUAUAGUGUUCUAAAAAAUAGAAUUAGAAAUCAUGUGGUUAGGCAAGAGGAUAGACAGCAUCUCAUCCAGUGUUUGGACUAAGUUAAAUGAGACUGAAUUUUUCUCAAUCAGCAUCUUCUUCUAAGAAAGUUGACAGAUCUGUGUUUGGAUUGCUUGUAUAUCUUUAUAUGCUAAUUUCCUAUGAAUAGUUAUAGUUAAUCACAAA